CAUGUGAUUAUACUGAUGACAAGGAACAGCUUCGACAACAAACAUCACUUUGCUAUAUAGUGUAUACCUUUAUAAAAGGCAAACCUUCCGGGGUAUUACACAUAUAUUUCCAUAAACAGCACUGAGAUAUGAUAGAUAUUAUCCUUGUACAUAAGACUACUUAAUUACAAUGGCGGAAGUAGAGGUUCAGGAAAGAAAACCAAGUGAAGAAUUUACAGAUGAAUCUGAGGAGGAGGACAGCGAGGAGGAGCCCAAACUGAAGUAUGAGAGGCUCUCCAAUGGGGUGACAGAAAUCCUCCAAAACGACGCAGCCAGCUGUAUGACCGUCCAUGACAAGUUUCUUGCUCUAGGUACCCAUUUUGGAAAGGUCUACCUGCUGGACAUCCAAGGAAAUGUUACACAGAAGUUGGAAGUUAGUUCAGUAAAGAUCAACCAGAUCAGUCUGGAUGAAAGUGGAGAGCAUCUGGGCAUCUGCUCCGAGGAUGGGAAGGUUCAAGUAUUUGGUCUCUACACAAGAGAGGGCUUCCAUGAUAACUUUGACUGUCCCAUAAAGGUGGUUGCAUUGCAUCCUCAGUUCAGCAAAUCAAACUACAAACAGUUUGUCACUGGGGGCAACAAGCUGGUUCUGUAUGAAAAAAACUGGAUGAAUCGCUGGAAGACUUUGGUUCUACAUGAAGGCGAGGGCACAAUCACUAAUGUCCAGUGGAGAGCUAAUCUGAUCGCAUGGGCCAACAACUUGGGAGUAAAAAUUUAUGACAUCAGUACAAAGCAGCGGAUCACCAAUGUGUUGAGGGACAACGUCGAUCUGAGGCCUGACAUGUAUCCAUGCAGUCUGUGUUGGAAAGACAACACCACUCUUAUUGUUGGUUGGGGUGCAUCUAUUAAGAUUUGUGUUGUGAAAGAGCGAAAUCCCACUGAAAUGAGAGAUCUGCCCAGCCGCUAUGUGGAAAUAGUGUCUGCAUUUGAAACGGAUUUUUUCAUCUGUGGUCUGGCACCGCUGGCAGAUCAGCUGGUCACCCUGUACUUUGUGAAGGAGAACUCUGAUCAAAUGGAUGAGGAUUUUCGUGCACGACCUCGCCUGGACAUCAUCCAGCCGCUCCCCGAGGGCUGCGAGGAGAUCUCUUCAGACGCUCUGACUGUACGCAACUUCAAGGACAAUGAGUGUAGAGACUACCGCCUCGAGCAUUCAGAGGGAGAGCCGCUCUUCUACAUCAUCAGUCCCAAAGACAUCGUUGUGGCCAAGGAGCGAGACCAAGAUGACCAUAUUGAUUGGCUGCUUGAAAAGAAAAAAUAUGAGGAAGCACUGAUGGCUGCAGAGAUCAGCUUCAAAAACAUUAAGAGACACGACGUUCAGAAAAUUGGAAUGGCUUAUAUCAAUCAUUUGGUGGAGAAGGGAGACUAUGACAGUGCUGCAAGGAAGUGUCAAAAGGUUCUUGGUAAAAACAUGGAGCUGUGGGAGAAUGAAGUAUACAGGUUCAAGACAAUCGGGCAGCUGAAGGCCAUCAGUCAGUAUUUGCCAAGAGGAGAUCUGCGCCUCAGACCAGCCAUCUAUGAAAUGAUCUUGCAUGAAUUUCUAAAAACUGACUAUGAGGGUUUUGCCACACUGAUCCGGGAAUGGCCAGGAGAGCUUUACAAUAACUUGGCCAUUGUUCAGGCCGUCACUGAUCACCUGAAGAGAGAUCCCACCAACAGCACUCUCCUCACAACCCUGGCUGAGCUGUACACGUAUGACCAACGGUACGACAGAGCUUUAGAAAUCUACCUGAGACUGAGGCACAAAGACGUUUACCAGCUAAUCCACAAACACAACCUUUUCUCCUCCAUAGAGGACAAGAUCGUCCUCCUCAUGGACUUUGACAAAGAGAAAGCUGUUGACAUGCUUCUGGACAAUGAAGAUAAAAUAUCUAUAGACAGGAUAGUUGAAGAACUAGCAGACAGACCCGAGCUGCUGCAUGUGUAUCUCCAUAAACUGUUUAAGCGGGAUCAUCACAAAGGCCAAAAGUACCACGAGAAGCAGAUAGGCCUGUAUGCCGAAUAUGACCGUCCAAACCUCCUGCCUUUCCUGAGGGAUAGCACACACUGCCCUCUAGAAAAGGCUCUUGAGAUUUGCCAGCAGAGGAACUUUGUGGAGGAAACAGUCUUCCUUCUCAGUAGGAUGGGGAACUGCAGAAAAGCCCUGCAGAUGAUCAUGGAGGAGCUUGAGGAUGUGGACAAAGCCAUAGAGUUUGCUAAAGAGCAGGAUGAUGUAGAGCUGUGGGAGGACCUAAUCUCUUACUCCAUCGACAAGCCACCGUUCAUCACCGGCCUCCUCAAUAAUAUCGGCACUCACGUUGAUCCCAUUCUCCUCAUCCAUCGCAUAAAGGAGGGCAUGGAGAUCCCAGACCUCAGAGAUUCACUUGUAAAAAUCCUUCAUGACUACAACCUACAGAUUCUUUUGAGAGAAGGAUGCAAAAAGAUCCUGGUGGCCGACUCCCUCUCUCUGCUCCAGAAGAUGCAUCGAACACAGAUGAGAGGAGUUAGGGUUGAUGAGGGGAACAUUUGCGAGUCAUGUCAUGCUACAAUAUUACCCUCAGAUAUGGCCAAACCCUUCAGCGUGGUGGUGUUCCACUGCAGACACAUGUUUCACAAGGAGUGUUUACCAUCUCAAGGAGCAAUUCCUGGGGUGCAGUUUUGUAACAUCUGCAGUGCGAAGAAGCGAGGGCCUGGAAGUGGAAUCCUUGAGAUGAAAAAGUAGCAAUUGUAUGUGCACACAAUGUUAUUACUAAAGCUUUUGCAACCCCUCCCUCCUUAGUGUUUUAAUCAAUGAGAAUCACUUUCUCUCAGUCCCUUAACUGUACACAUGCAGAAAUGCUAAACAUUUCUUAUUGGACCAUUGCUGUAUAUUUAUAUCUAAAAUGUAAAGUGCUGUGCUGCUCUGCCUCAAACUAAUGUGAUUUGGUGAUGGAAAAAUAAAAUCUCAUACCCAAAA